UUGAAAAGGGUUGACCCAAAAACAUCUAUACAUAGAUCAGAUGCUCCUUUGUUAGAUGAUUCACAAGUUUAUGGAAGAGAUGGUGAUAAAGAGGCUAUUCUUAAGUUAUUGUUGUGUGAUAAUGAUGCUAGUAGCCCAAACAUCUCAGUUAUUCCUAUAGUUGGGAUGGGUGGAAUUGGCAAAACUACUCUUGCUCAGAGCGUAUAUUAUGAUGUUACUGUCGAAGAACACUUUGCUUUGAAAGUAUGGGUAACUGUGUCUGAUGACUUUGAUGUUCUUAAGAUAACCAAACUUAUUUUGGAGAAGAUCACUGGAGAAAGAUGUGAAACAAAAGAGCUACAUCAAAUUCAAAAAGACUUGAAGGAUGCUUUGGCCGGGAAGAAAUUUCUUUUUGUUCAUGAUGAUGUGUGGAAUGAGAAUUACGAGUUGUGGGAUCUUUUGAAGAGCUCUUUUCAAUCUGGCGGCCAAGGAAGCAAGAUUAUUGUCACCACACGUAAUGAAGAUGUCGCAUUGAAGAUGAAGACGAGAGAUGUUCAAACUUAUAAGCUUAAAAACAUGUCUGAUGAUGAAUGUUGGAAGUUGUUUAGAGAGCACGCUUUUGAUAAUGUAGGCUCUAAAGAGGUAAUAUUGUCUGAGUUGCAAGAAAUUGGAAGACACAUUGUUAAGAAGUGCAAAGGGCUUCCUUUAGCUGUAAAAUCGAUGGCUGGACUGUUACGAUCUAUGUCAACUCCUGACCAGUGGAGACAUGUGCAGCAGAGUGAUAUGUGGGAGUUGCCCAAUUCUCACAACAUCGAAAUUAUUCCAGCUUUGUGGUUGAGCUACCGAUUUCUGCCUCCUUAUUUAAAACCAUGUUUCUCCUAUCUUUCGAUAUUUCCCAAAGACUACAAAUUUGGUGAAGUUGAUAGAGAAAAACUAAUCUUAAUAUGGAUGGCAGAAGGUCUUAUACAACCUCAAAAAGGAAAAAGAAUUGAAGAUGUUGGAAAAGAUUACUUGAAUGCUUUGAUAACAAGAUCAUUUUUUCAAAGAAACACAAGGAAUCUUUCUCUUUUUAUGCACGAUCUUAUGCAUGAUCUAGCUAUGUAUGUAUCGGGACAGUGUUGUUAUAUUUAUGAUAGUCGUAAGGACUUGGACAAGCCUAGUAGCAAGACUCGACAUCUAUCAUACAUGAAAGACUUAAAAGAUACAAUAGAAUUCGACAACAUAGCUAGAGUGAAGUAUUUGCGUACCCUGUUGGCUUUGCCACUCUCAACAUCAUAUAGAAUAUGUCAAACAAGAUUCAUAGGUGAAAUUUUGGUAAGUGAUGGAGGAUGCUUAAGAGAACUUUCUUUGUCAGAAUCUGAUAUCGAAGAGUUGCCUAAUUCAAUUGGAAAUUUAAAACAUCUCAGAUACUUGGAUUUAUGUGCCACAAAAGUCAAAGAAUUGCCAGCUUCAGUUUGUGUGUUGUACAAUUUGGAAACACUGUUGUUGAAUAGAUGUUAUAAACUCACACAAUUACCUACCAACAUGUCUAAGCUUAUCAACCUGCGACAUCUUAUGAUAAGAAAAACACCUUUAAAAGAGAUGCCACCUAGGAUUUGCAAUAUGAUGAAUCUUCAAACAUUGAGUGAUUUUGUUUUGUGUGAAAAUGAUGGAUGUAGGAUCAAAGAGUUGGGUAAGUUGGAGUCGAAUUUGCAUGGAAGCUUGAAGAUUUCAGGCCUUCAAUAUGUCGAGGAAGUGGGUGAUGUUUGGGAAGGCGAGUUAAAGAAGAAAAAGAAUUUGAGUGAGCUUAUUUUAAGAUGGGAUGGAAAAGCAGAUGAUUCAAUAAAGGAAAGAGAAGUACUUAACGCGCUCCAACCACAUGAAAACUUGAAGAAACUGAAGAUACGCGGCUAUAAUGGCACAAAGUUACCAGACAGUUGGGUAACACAUCCAUCCUACUCUUAUUUGGAAGAAAUUGAUCUUGAAUGUGAAAAUUGUUGCUUGUCAUUUUUAUCAUUUCGACUACUAAGUUCACUGAGAUAUCUUCGUAUUUCUUGUCUUGAUAUGCGUUUUGAAUUUAGUGGAAUUUCUUGGAAUAAUAAUCCAUUUCCACUUUUAUCAAGAUUGAAGCUUGUGGGAAUAACUACAUUGGAUUGGUCGUUAUUUCCCAAUACAGACUAUGAGAUUUUCCCUUGUUUGAAGGAAAUCUUUUUAGAGCAUUGUGGGAACAUAAAUGUGGCAUUACCUAUCUGUAAUUUUCCAUCUUUGGAACAUAUCAUCAUUCGAGAUUGUGAUGAAUUGGUGACUAUAUUUCCAUCAAAUAGUAAUGGUAUUGACAUUACAUAUCCCUCUCUUGAAAUAUUGAGCAUAUAUAGUUGUUCAAGGUUGGAGUCAUUUUCAGAAAUGGGAUUAUUAUUGCCCUCUACUUUGAAACGUCUAGGUAUCUCAGAAUGCCAUAUGCUGAUGGAGAAUCGCAUGAAAUGGAAUUUACAAAGACUCCCAUCAUUGACUAUUGUAACACUUUGGCGAUAUCAAGGAGUGCUAGAUUCAUUUCCAGAAGAUUGGUUGUUCCCACCUACUUUAACUCAUCUUGUUAUCGGUCGAUUUGAUAAGGUUACAACUCUAAACAGCAACGGUUUUUGCCACCUCUCCUCACUUCGACAGUUGGAUCUUCAUCACUUGAAACAACUAGAGUGUUUACCAACAGGACUCCCACACACUCUUACUACUUUGUCAAUAGAAGAAUGUCCUCUAUUGGAUCUUCAACACAUACCUAACAUACAUGCAACUUUUCUUUAGCCCAACUUUCAGAGGGAUUGAGUUUGUUUCUAAUUGGCGCUUUUGAACUCAUUGUCUGUCAUUUGCCAUAAACAGUCUCUAUUAACAUUGAUCAUAGGCUAAUGAUUGAGUGAUCUGUUAUAUAGUUUACUAUUUGCACUUUUUGUUUAUGGUUUGUAUGUGGUUAAGUGAGGAAUAUGUCACUCAUGGAAAUAGUAAAAGA